AUGUCAUCUUCUACAUUUUAUCGUUCUGAAGAAAUAUCUUUAGUUCAGUUUUAUUUUCCUGUAGAAGUGGCAAAAUUGACUGUUUCUGCACUUGGAGAACUUGGAAUUAUUCAUUUUCGAGAUUUAAAUGUAGAUAUUAAUGUUUUUCAACGAGCAUUUGUCAAAGAAAUCCGAAAAUUAGAUGAAGUAGGACGCCAACUACGGUUCUUAUAUGGAGAGAUCAAAAAAACAGAUAUUAAGAUAUCUUCGGUACGUAGUAAUGAUAGUGCAACUAAGGCAUCGAAUCUGCAUCAAACAGAUGAGUUGUAUGAAAAAAUUUCAUUUUUUGAGAAUCGUGUGCGUUGUUUAAAUGAAUCUUAUCAAACAUUGGAAAAGCAGUAUUUAGAGUUAAUAGAAUUGCGUCACGUACUUGAUGAAACAGACAAAAUUUUUAAUAAGCAGGAUCAUAAUGCACGAAAAAUGUCUACAUCAAGUGAUCCAGAUAUGAUACCGUUGUUGGAAAGUGAUGUCGAGCAAAAUCUUAUGAAUAUUCCAGGAAUAGUGGGAAUAAGUCUUGACUUUACUGCUGGAGUUAUCCCGCGUUCUUGUAUAUCUGCAUUUGAGAGAAUUUUAUGGAGGGUAUUACGCGGGAAUCUUUAUAUGAGCCAUGUGGAGAUAUCAAAUCCUAUCAAUGAUCCUGUCACAAGUGAACUUGUUGAUAAAGACGUGUUUAUUGUAUUUUCUCAUGGAAAAGAAAUUAACAACAAAAUUCGGAAGAUCUCAGAGAGUUUGGGUGCUACUUUAUAUGCUGUAGAUAAUGAAUAUUCUAAAAGAUAUACAAGUAUACAAGAGACAAAUCUUGCUAUUGAUGAUCUUAUGUCUAUUUUAAAAAAUACGAAACAAACUAUAUAUACAGAACUUAGAUUAAUUGCGGAAAAUAUAGCUAAUUGGAUGACGAUUAUCAGAAAAGAAACUGCAAUUUACCAAAUUAUGAAUUUAUUUAUUUACGAUCAAAAUCAUAAAUGUUUAAUUAGUGAAGGCUGGUGUCCUACUAAUAGUUUACACUUAGUACGAAGUACUUUGAGGAAAGUUACAGAACAAGCAUGCAUUCAAAUGCCAUCUAUUUUAAAUGAAAUAAAAACAUCAAAAACUCCCCCUACUUAUCAUCGCACCAACAAAUUCACUGAAGGAUUUCAAGCAAUUAUAGAUGCUUAUGGUGUUGCAUCAUAUAGAGAGGCAAAUCCUGGUCUUAUAGCUAUCGUUACAUUUCCUUUUCUAUUUGCUAUUAUGUUUGGGGAUUUAGGUCAUGGGUUUCUUAUGUUCAUUGCUGCAUUAUAUUUAUGUUUAAAUGAAAAAAAACUUGAAAAAAAGAACUAUGGAGAGAUUUUUGAUAUGGCAUUUCAUGGGCGUUAUAUUAUACUUUUAAUGAGCAUAUUUUCUAUGUAUACAGGACUUAUUUAUAAUGACAUUUUUUCAAGACCAAUGAAAUUAUUUAAAUCUGGUUGGGAAUGGCCUAAAUCUUCAGAAAAUUCUGUUUUAUUAGCAAAACAAGUUGGUGUGUAUCCAUUUGGUAUAGAUAGUGCCUGGCAUGGUUCUGAGAAUUCUUUAAUAUUUAUGAAUUCGUAUAAAAUGAAAAUGUCUGUUAUUCUUGGUGUUAUUCAUAUGACAUUUUCUCUUAUGUUAUCACUAACGAAUCAUAUAUUUUUUAAAUCUUCGUUAGACAUUUGGACUCAAUUUCUUCCUUCUUUCUUAUUUCUUGAGUCUAUAUUUGGCUAUAUGGUUUUCGCUAUUAUAUACAAAUGGUGUGUUGAUUGGUCUAAAUCCCAAACACCACCUCCGGGUAUUCUCAACAUGUUAAUUUUUAUGUUUUUAUCUCCAGGGAAAAUUGAAGAACCUUUAUAUAAAGGACAAGCAUAUGUACAAGUGUUUCUUCUCUUCAUAGCAAUAAUAUGUAUUCCAUGGAUGCUUUUUGCAAAACCAUUGAUCCUUAAAUAUGACCAUGAUCGAGCAAUAUCUCAGGGAUAUGAAGGCAUUACAAGUCAAGGAUCUACUUCAUCUAAUGAUAAUGAUACAAAUGAAACCAUUCUUUCAAAUGAAAUAGAUAAUCAUUUUGAUUUCAUGGAAGUAUUAAUUCACCAAAUUAUUCAUACAAUCGAGUUUUGUUUAGGUUGUUUAUCGCAUUGUGCAAGUUAUUUACGACUUUGGGCUCUGAGUCUUGCACAUAAUCAAUUAAGUGAUGUUUUAUGGUCUAUGACACUAGCAAAUGCGUUCAAAAGAACUGGUAUUAUCGGUGCUAUUUCACUAGUUUUUAUUUUUGCCUUUUGGUUUGUCUUAACUGUUCUUAUUUUAUGUUUAAUGGAAGGUACAAGUGCAAUGUUACAUUCAUUGCGGCUUCAUUGGGUUGAGGCAAUGUCAAAAUUUUAUCAGGGUGAAGGUUAUGCUUUUGAGCCAUUUUCCUUUAAAACCAUUGAACAAGAAUUCGAUUAA